AUGCGGAGAUUUUCGCUGACGCUCUUGUGUUUGCUAGUAGCGGGACUUUUAAGUCAGCCCAUUCCCCUCGACGAUGGUGGUAAGCCAAUGCCAAAAAUUUUUUCAAUUCCUAGUUCAUUAAGGUGUUGAUCACUUUGAUCACUCCGUACCUGAAGACGUUGCUACGCCGACAGUUGCGCGUGUUGCCACUACAAAAAUUCCCUUGACUUUUGAAGAGCUGCUCAACUCCCAACACAGUAAGUUUGAGCGUAAAUGUCGGAAGUGAAGCCAGUUUAGUUGAACCAAUAAUUCAAGCCAGUCUAGUCAAAGUGGAGACGCCUGAAGAAGCGGCCGAGCUCGCGUUCGCAUUGGAACAAGCCGCAGUGUAA